CUUCCCUAGUUACCCAGCAGAGGAGGAGGAGGAGAAAAGGGAGAAGAGCGAAGGAGCCGCCGAGGAAGGGAGGAUGAAGCCGCCUCAGUGCCUGUGCCAGAUUUGCACCUGCGGGCGCCAUCGUUGCCCUCAUAAUCCCACCAGGAUUUAUGACCGUGUAGGGGAGUCGACCCUCAUAACGGAAUAUGUGGACAAAUAUCCUCUCUAUGGCAAUAUCCCUCCUGCCCAGAGCCUCAAGCCCAAGCAUGAGUAUCAGACACACAGAGGGAAAAUGGAAGGCAUCACAACUUUCAAGUCUGACUACCUUCCAUACGAUGUUACAAAUCGGCCUGUUCGGGUUCCAGCGGAGUGCAAACCAGUAACUGGAGAGAUGGACAUUGGAACCACUUACAGAAGAGAUUAUAAUGCUCACAAAAUAAACCCCGUGAUAAUAGUAAAGCCUGUACAGAGGAAAUACAACAGAGAAUGCACAGUGAAUACCAUACCUACUUACCGAGAUGACUAUAGGGCCUGGGAAGUUCAAAGAAGGGAGAUCAACAAAGUGGAGAACACCUACCAACUUCCCACUGAAAAGUUUGGGAACAGCACCACAUUUCAAGAUUCCUUUUUCCCGAGGGAAAUCUCCCUCCGAAAAAGCUUUAAGCCCACUGUUGUGACCAAGCUUUCAGAUGAGCCUUUUACCAGUGUUACAAGUCACCGCAGCGAUUAUGUUCCUCAUCAGCUGGAGCCACAAUUGAAGGUGUCCAAGGAAGAAUACAAGCCAAAUAGCCAACCCUUUGUAGACACCACAACACACCGCUGUGAUUUUAGAGGGCUUGCUGGCGAACUUCCCAAAAGCUUCAAGCCUGAACCCUCUAAAGUGGAGGUGAGUGCUCAUUUUGAUGGAACCACAGAAUUCCGCGAUCGUUUUCAACCGUGGGCCAUUUCUUUACCUGAAGUUCCCAAAGCAAAAGAGUAUGUUCCACCCACAGGCAACAUGGAUUUCAACUCCACGAGCCACCUUGCUUAUAUUCCACACACCAUCAAUCCAGUUGUCCUCAUGAGACCAGUAGAAAGGAGCAGGAGAAAUAAUGCCCCCUUUCAAGGGAACACAACAAUGAGAGAUUCCUUUCAAGCUUGGGAUAUCCAUCGGCCAGAAAUUGUCAAGAAGCCCCAGGAUAUUCCAAAGGCCUCUGGGAAAUUUGAUGGCAUGACAACCUUCAGAGCUCACUAUAGACCACACAACAUAGUCCUGACUCAGAGUUGCAAACCUUCAAAGAUGGCCCCUUUACAAAGUUCAGCACCUUUUACAGAUGAAACCUUGUACCGUACAGAAUAUACGCCAAAGAAACAAGAGGUCUGCCCAGCAACCUAUCCAUCCCCUCCAGGAUAUGUCUUUGUCAACACUGAUUCUCAUGGUCACAAAUUCUUCCGCAGAGUUUCACCAGACGUCAGCAAGAUUGCUCAUGCAAAUGGUAAUCAUGUUCCAAAAGAAAUAGCAGUUGUAUCCUAACUCCUAAUUCUAAUAGUUUGCACAAAAGUGGUCAGAGUAUUACAUUAGCUCUAACCAAUCUAAAUAAGCCUACUGAUUAUAAGAUAUAUUUUUUUUUUGAGUGAUCUUAGAACUAAUUUUUACAAGAUUGGUGAUAAAGUUUAUAUAAGUAAAAUUUGUGUCAAUAUUUCUGUGGAAUCUCUUUUUCUUCAACUGUAUUAUUAGACAACUGUUCAUUUUAACAAGAUGGGUGAUUUUCUGGCAAUAUUUUGAUGAUGCAUUUUAAUACGAUUACCUGACUAGGACUGUGCACUGUUCUUACGUACAGCGAACAAAAUUGUCCCAGCUCACUUCCUUAAAAUAUGUUCAAAGGGGUUGUAGCUAACAAGCAGAAUGUGAGAGCUCCCAGGUGAAUUCUUGGUAUUUCUUUUUGAAGGAUCUUACAGUGCAGGACUGAGAUAGAGCUCUUCCCCAGACCUUGGACAGACAAAAUGAUUUGGCUAGCCAGCAAACUAAUCUUUAGCACCUGCCUUAUACAGAACCAGACUAAGGCAGGUGCUAAAGAUUAGUUUGCUGCUGCACCAAGUGGCAUCACAAAGAACAUUUUGCACUAGUUCAACAUGUUUAUAGUCAUAGAAUCACAGAAUUGGAAAGGGCCCUGAGAAUCAUCUAGUCCAGGCCUCAGCAAUGCAGGAAUAUGCAGCUGUCCCAUACCAGUUGGAUGCUGUUUUGUGUGUGUUUGUUUAAAUUAUGAAGGCUUGCUAGGACAAUAAGAACUUCCCCUUUGGAUUUCCAAGACAUUUCAGUAUGUAUUACCAGGCCCUGCAAAACCACAUUGAUAGACUUUUGUAUUGAGAUGCUUAGUCAGAUGUGAACAUAUUUUUUGCUGCAUACCUCAACAAAGGAUGGUCUGGGACUGUUGGCAUCGUGUAUUGUAAGCCAAUGUAUAAAACCAAUCCAGCUCAAAUUAUGUCCCAUUGUAAAACGUAGGGCUUCAAUAUAUUUAUUUUACCAUAUUUGUACAGGCAGCUCCCCAUUUGUGCGGGAUUUUGUGUUCCGAGGUACUGCGCACAUCGGCGGGACACAGGAAAGGCUGCCCUGCCAGCCUUCUGGUGUUGAAAAUGGCAUGUGCAUCAGUGGCUGUGCACAUCCCAAACGCACACAAAUGGGGAGUUGCCUGUAUACUGCUUUUCAGCGAUAAUGGUUCUCAAAGUGGCUCACAAUAAGAAAAAAUCAGAUUUACAGGCAGAUGGCAGUGCCCUCACAAGAACAGAUCUGGAAUACUAGGUGCUGCCAAUUUUUAUGAAAGGAUGGCCCUAUGUGGUUCCUGGCUCUAUGCUCCUGGAACACAGGGGGUGGCAAAGCAGGGUUGGGAUAGACAUUGGGGUGGUGAUGUUCACCCAAGUCCUCUUUAUUACAUCAGGUACUCUUACUAUGUUGAGCAGAUGGUGUUAAUGGCUACCAGCCCUUGUUGUUAACUUGUUUUGGGUUUUCUCAGUGGGAGGUGCAGUAGAAUUCUAGGGAUGUUUGUAUUCAGUAAGAAGUCGCACUAUGUUCAGUGGGGCUUAUUUCCAAGUAAAAGUGGGUAAGAUAAUGGUCGUAACAAUGAGUAACUUCAAUUGGAUUUGGGUCUGGGUUGGGAAGCUUUUUCCAGAUUAUUUGAAUCUAUUUCACCUUAAUAUACACGUAUGCCUGGGCACAUGUAUAUUACUAAAUUUAUACUGUAAUGAUAAAACUUGCAUUUCGGAGUAUGAUUUCAGUUUUGAUAUGCCUGUAAUUCAAGUUGUAAGGUUGGUGCCAAUACUUUGAGCUAUUGCUCCAGUGAAUGCUUCACAUUGUUUUCAUUCUCACUGAUUGUUUCUUACCUGUGUGUUGCCUUGUACUCGUCAUUUUAGGGAAACCAUUUUAUGACUGAAGUGUCAUGUAAUCCCACGUACUGUACCCCCAAACCACCAAUUCAGAGAUCGAGAUCAAGAACUGAAUGGUGUCAAAAGAACACAAUAAAUCAUCCAAAAAAAGGAGAGGAAAAACUCCGAACUGCUGGGAAUGUUUGUUUUGUCUCACUCCCAUAUGGUAUUCUUGGUAUUCUCACAGAGCACACAGAGAUCUAGAGCCUGAUUCUUUUCUUCGCCCUAUGUCAACUGAAUGCUCUAGAAUUGGGGGAAAUCAAAUUAAAAACAAAAACUUUCUAUUUCGUUUCUUGAAGCAUGUUUAAGACUGCCGGUAGGCUAGGAGUGGAGCUUUUCAGAUCUUAUGAUACUGUAUACAGUGGUACCUCGACUUACGAACGACUCGACAACCGUUUUUUUUGACUUAUGAAUGGGGGUAAUG